CAAUCCCCGUGGCAGAGAGGGCUUCACCCCCGCGGGGUUGAGGGACUACGAGGCCCGGGGACCGGGGUCGGGGGGGACGGCUCGGAGACCACGUGGGCUCAGGAGCUGGGUGGGUAGUGGGUCAGCCGGGCAGGCGGCGCCCACGUCGUCCCGGGAGCGGGAGCGGAGUCUGCGGAGCGGGAUCCCAAGACCUCCAGGGAGCAGGUGCUGGUUAGUUUGAGGGUCACUAGGGCGGGGUCUGGAGACCAAGUAAUCCUGGGGCCUGGGUUACGGGUUAGAGCGGUGAUCGGUCUGCCGGCGAGGUGCUGAGAGGGCAGAGUGCACGGGCCGACCCGGUGACCCCGUGCUGUGCUCCUCUAGCCAUGGGCGCGCAGCCCCCCAACUUCUCAUGGGUGAUCCCAGGCAGGCUGGCGGGGCUGGCGCUGCCGCGGCUCCCGGAGCACUAUCACUUCCUGCGGGAGCAUGGCGUGCGGCACUUGGUGUCUCUGACCGAACGCAAGCCCCCUCACAGCGACAGCUGCCCAGACCUUGUCCUGCACCACCUGCGCAUCCCUGACUUCUGCCCGCCGGGCCCAGAGCAGAUCGACCGCUUCGUGCAGAUCGUGGACGAGGCCAGCGCCCGCGGAGAGGCCGUGGGAGUGCACUGUGCCCUGGGCCUGGGCCGCACAGGCACCAUGCUGGCCUGCUACCUGGUGAAGGACCAGGGCCUGGCUGCAGGAGAUGCCAUCGCCGAAACUCGGCGCCUUCGACCUGGCUCCAUCGAGACCUACGAGCAGGAGAAGGCCGUCUUCCAGUUCUACCAGCGGACUAAGUAGGGACCUGAGCCCCCUCCCGGGCCGCAGUGCUCAGGUCAUGUUAAAUGAGGCCGGAGGCAGACUCAGACGCCGAGCCUUCCCGCUCCCAGCUGACCAAGGAGACCAAAGCCCCUCCGCCCCCAUGGGGUCCUGCUGCUGAAUAAAUCACUUAUGAGAGCAGUGCACAUUGCAGAGCACUUUACAGUGGCCAGCACACACCACACAGCUCCUUGGGCCCCCCCCCAGGAAUGCUGGGGCAUAGGCAAGACAGGGGUACACCUGGUUUUUUGGAGGAGCUGGCUGACACGCGAGAGGCGCAGACCGCACAUGCACCAUGCAGAGGAUGGGCUGAGCAUGUAUGUGUACCUGAUGACACCGGUGUGCUCUGGGAAGCUGCUCCGGGGAAGACGCACAUCCCUGUGUCCAGGGCUCUGGCGUACAGGGGCAAGAAGCCCUCUGGACAUAGCCCUUCAUCUAGACCACUAGCCUCAUGGUGGCCGCCUCAGGGCAGAGAAGCCUGAUGUGGCCAGACAGCCUCUUCCUCCAGCUCCCAAGGGCUGGGCACCUCAACUUGAAUGCCACCCGCCCUCUGCCCUGGCAGGCCAGCUGGAUGAGAUGGAAAUUCCCAAAACACUGAGCGCCAUGUGCCAGGCUCUGUUAGAUGCAAGACUAGCUCACUCAGGAAACACAGCUCAGCCCCCGGGGGGAGAGGGACACAGCGCAGCCACAUGUGAGCCCUGCCCCCAGCCUUCCAGACGCAGCGGGGACAAUGAGGCAGUUCCCUGUGGGCCACCUCUGUGGCCUAGGCCCCAGCAGGCAAAGCCGCUGCUCCUCCCUGCACCUUUCUCCUUCCACCUGUCACCCGCCUAGGUCGGUCCCCUCACUAGACAAGUAUGCUGGCCAGAGUCCUAUGUAUCAAAUUCAAGUCAUCAGUGCUCCCUUGGUCCCCACCCAGCCCACCCAGGUGAGGGCAUCUGCCAAAGAGGGGAGCUCACAAUUCCAGCAGAAGUGUAAAAAGUAGCAGGAAGAGAAAGCAUGCCAAGACCUCACCUCCUCCAGCGCCUACCCCCACCCGCAGUCGCUACCCGCCUCAACAGAGAAGCCGUUAUUUUUCUCCAUGCGAACCAGAGCCUCUCCCAAAGGGAUGUGUGAACAUGCGUGUGCACAUGUGUGAGCAUGCACAGGAAGAGCCGUGAAUGAACAGCUGAUCUCCUGGGCCCCUCCACUGCCAGGAUGGAAAGGUGGGAGACUGGGAGCUGCACCCCAGGUCAUGCCUCUGUUCCCAUAGAUGGAACAGCCAACCCUUGCACCUCGGCCCCCUCCCCAGCCCCCCCUACACUGCAGGAAAGGAAUCUUCCCUCCUUCCAAGGAGACAGAAAAUUUUUCUAGCCCCAUUAAAGCCCUAUGUGCAGCCUCCAUCCCAUAAUUUAAACAGGUCUCCUCUGCCUCAAGAGUUCCUUAGGGAAAUAAACAU